AUGUGCCCGGCCAAUGGCUUGGUCUUCCACGAGCGGGUUCCAGCAUGGGUCCAUAAGAAUGACAUGAGAUGCAGCACUGAGAUUCAAGCCACAGUUACCGGCAUGAAGCGAUACGAGCAUCACCCUAAUACCGUUGCCAUUUAUGAAACCAGCCACCGUUUGGCUUCUCCGGCGGGACUCCUGAGCAGGUUUGGCAGGAGUGUCCAGGACGGCGUUUCGUUGGUUCAGCCACCGUGUCAAGAUCUUGAACAGCGAGCCAACAUUGAAGCAGCGACCGGCUUUCUCAGCAUUCCUGGCGAGCUUCGCAACCAGGUUUAUGCACUUUUGCUAGUGUCAGAAGACGAACAUAUCAAUCCAUGUCGCUCCUAUCGUCGACCGACCUUGUUCCCGGUAGGACUAUUCCGCAUCAACAAAACCAUUCAUGUCGAAGCGAGCGCAGUAUUCUACACCAAGAACUGCUUUGACCUCACUUCGGCUUCCAGCGAGGACGUCGCUCUUUUUCUACGACGUAUUGGAUCGGCCAAUGCUGCAAACAUUGGACAAAUUUAUAUGAAUGCCCCAAGAUUUCAAAACCUGGAUCGCCAUGAUAUUACCGUCCACAACGACGACUUGAGCGUUCUCGCCAGUAUCCAACGCAGUUGCGUGAAUUUGAAUUCAAUCACGACAUCACUAUACAGUACAAAGAAUAUGGGAACGUGGCUCGACAACUUGGAAGACUAUGAGGCAGCCACCAAUGCACUCAAAUUAGCCAACGUCCACUUGACGGCCAUUUCUUCCGUAACGAAAAUCACCCUGGAGGUGUCCAAGGAUACCCCAAGCGAUCUCUUGAAGAGAUGUAUGCACAAGUUUGGAUGGAGUACUCAUACUAUAGAUUCUGCAAGUAGUCUGGCACAGCAAUUGAAGCGGGCGCUCCCUGGUCAAGAACCCAACUUUGAGUCUUUCUUUAACAUGAUUAAACUUGACAUACCGGCGGACCAGGGAGAUUUCAUGCCGAAUAGUGUAGCAAGGUCAGAAGCGACGCGCCUGUCUACGCAAGGUAGAUCUAUGGAGCAGAGAAGCAGACCGAUUGCAUGGUAA